UCACAGUGCUCCCUGACCUGUCACAAGAAAUGCUUAGAGAGCCUUCUCAUUAAAUGUGGUCAUCAGAAACUACCAGCUCGGGUGCCGCUCUUUGGGGUGGAUUUCACUCAAGUGCCACGGGAUUUUCAGGAGGAGGUGCCAUUCAUCGUAGUGAAGUGUACCUCUGAGAUAGAAGCUCGUGGCCUGGGAGUGCAGGGGAUUUACCGAGUCAGUGGGGCCAAAGCACGGAUGGAGAAGCUGUGCCAGGCCUUCGAAAAUGGCCGGAGCUUGGUGGAGCUGUCAGAUCAUUCACCUCACGACAUCACCGGAGUCCUUAAACAUUUUCUUAAGGUGCUGUCCAGCCCUGUGCUUCCAUACAAGCUCUACGAUGAUUUCAUUGCCCUUGCAAAGAACUUGCCAAAACUUGAAGGUAGGGCUGGAGAUGAUUCUGAGACACUGGCUGAUCCCAUCAAGAGCACAAAGGAUAUCCUGAGUAAAUUGCCAGCCACGAAUUAUAACACCUUACGGCACAUCAUUGCUCACCUGUACAGGGUGGCUGAGAGAUACGAAGAGAACAAAAUGUCUCCCAACAACCUUGGGAUCAUCUUUGGCCCUACACUGAUCCACCCUCCCACCACCAACGAUGUGUCCAUGUUGUGCCUUGUGGAAUCAGGGUAUCAGUCCCAGCUGGUUGAGUUUCUCAUCCUCAACUAUGAGAAAGUUUUUGGGAUGGAUGACCUCCCUUCGACUGGGUUCUGUGAGCGGGAAAAUUCCUUGCAAGGAGGAACUACCAGUGAAGGUCUUCCACGCAACGCAAGAGAAAUUGACAUUUCUUCAGAGAAACCCCCCUCUGAGUUGUACCGGAAUGAGGAUGAUGAUGUAGCUGAGAACUGUUCAUCCACCAGUGCCAGCCAGAAGCAGCUUAUGGAGCAAACCCACUCCACUGUGAGCAGAGACAGCGUAGAGCUGAACUGCAUGGAUGAUGAUGACACAGAGGACUGUACACUUGACCAGGGGGCUGUCAUCAGCAGGCAGUCCCGAACGCGUUUCUGCCGGGUGCCUGUAAAAUAUGCUCAUGCCUUCAUCCCCAGAGUUUCCAGCCUGCCCUUGCUGGCUGCUGCCCUGUCUGGCUCAGAGGCAAUAGGCAACCUCCUCGAUGUGGGUUCGAUGGGUUCGAGCAGCCGUAGUGCCUCGCCAGACACCCGAGGGCGGCACAAGCGCUUUGAGAUCACCCCACAGACUGCCAGGAUAGUUGCCAAGCUCCAGCCUCACAAUGGAAACCAAGGCUGCUGCCAGUCUGACGAGGCAACAGCGCUGUAGGGGAAAAACCUGCAAACACAUUGUGAGGAUGCAUGAAAAAGAGCUUUUGGGACACCGCAGGUUGGCUAGAAGGCUAGAGACCCAGUUCUUGGAGAGGCCGUUCCAUGCAAAAGUGGAAUAUCUCCAUGUCCUUCCUGAACGUCAGAGAAGCAACCGCCCUGGGCUUUUCUCCCGCACGUGAUUCUCUUUCCAGACUUUGCCACCCACCUGUUUUAAGUGUAAUGUGCAUGUCUGCCCCAGACUUCAAGCUAGUGGCUAAAAACCUAGCAGUACAAGCUGCCAAGGGGAGAGGGCAUUGAUCCUGGAAGUCUACUUCUACAGUC